AUGUGUGUUAACGGGGAAUCAGCAAAAUACCCACCACCAAAGAAAAGGAUAAGAAAAAAGCAUUCCAAUUCCAGAUUUGGCUGCCAGAAUUGCAAGAAGAGAAGGAUAAAAUGUGGUGAGGAACUUGAUUCAUGUUUCAAUUGUCAAGACAGAAACUUUCGCUGCUCUUUUUUAGAUCUCACUGAAGAAGAGAAGGAAAAAAUUGUUGCUAAUAAUCAAUCAAAUGGAAAAGUCUCAAAUGAUGGGUCAUUGGAUGACGAAAUAGCCCAAGAAACAAAUUCUGCGAAUAAUGAUUUACGAGAUUGGAAUAACGGCAAUGCCCCCAAUUUUUUUGUCGCAGUUGACAAGAUAAGUUCUGAUUUUUCCAACGGUUUAGCCACGUUCAACGUGAAGCUUCCUACAAGGCCAACGCCAGUUAAGAAUGUCAUGAGCUUAAAUAAUAAUGUUGCAUUCAAAGUGAUAAAAAUGAACAUCAACAAUUACAAAAAGCGUUCAGCCGCAUCAUCAUCAUUAUUACUAAAAACAAAAAAAUCAGAUAUUAAGAAGGCUGUUCCAUUACCAGGAGGAAAAGAAUGCAAUGAAACUUUCCAGUUGUUCAAGGUUAAACCAGGAGUGCCUUCGUGCUUCUUCACCUCGGAGAGACUAUAUCGUGCGUAUGGUGAAGAUGGGGGACCAUACAGUCAACUUAGGCCUCUAUUGUCACAAUGGUAUUUUGACGUCAUUCAGCAAGCCACUGAUCAUUCCUGGCUGAAGUACCAUUGUAUGAUGUCUCAGUCGGCUUUUAUAUUAUACAAUGCUAUUACCAGGCCAUAUUUCAAAGGACGAUAUAAUGACUCACACAUCAACACUGUCAAGGAGGCAUCGGGAUAUUACAGAAGUUAUUCCCUUCAAUUAGCACAAGAAACAAUUGAGAAAAUCAAUAUGCCUAAAAACUUUAAAGACAAAGAAUAUGUGUUGCUCGUAUCAGAAGUCGCUACUUAUUAUGCAACCAGUAUAGCCCUUUCGUGUUUUGCAGACGAUGAUUACCACACCUUGUUGGCAUUCAUAAACGGCUUUAUCUCAAUAGCAUUGGUAAAGCAACUUUUGGAGAGAUUUACUGAGGCUAUGGAAAAUAUCAAAAAAACGGAUUUCAAGUUUUACAGCAAGUAUUCAAUCUAUUUGGAUUUUAUAUUGGUGAUUCAAGAGUUUUAUCUAGCAAGCAUCAACACCAUAUAUACCCCGAACAUAAAUUUGGACUUAUUACGUGAACUUGAUUAUGAUAUGGAGAAAUUUGAAUGUUCUAUUGGUUCUUACUUCCCUCUGGAUUCGGAUCCAAUGAUUAAGUUCCGAGAAUUGAGAAAAAUAGUUAGGCACGAUGUUCUUGAAAAUCCAAAGGUCUUACAACUAUGCAACUUCGUAACCGAUACCGAACCUGAAAUAAUUUUCUACAUUUGGAAAAAAUUCAUUGUUACUUUUCCUUCAGAAAAUGUGUUUUUGGCUGCCUCCCAAUCCUCUAAGAACGUUUUUGAGAAAAUCAUUGCUUUGUAUUGGCUUGCUGUUUCGUCAGUCUUCAACAUUGUGUUCUCCGAAUCAACUUAUCUAUUCUUGUGCCGCUUCGAGAGUAUUGUUAGCUUUACUGGGUACGAUACGAGUUAUUACGACGCAAUUGUUACCGAACUAAAAGAAAAUUGGAAGCAUAAAGAUUAUCAAAUGUAUAAUUUCUUGUAUCGUCGUGCAAUUUACUUGAUGAGAUUGACCUCUUAUACUCGCUAUCGGUGGUUAACCUACUUACAAAACUUUGAAACUGUCGAUAAUUUCCCCGACCUGGAAGUCGAGGGACGUAAACGAUUCUUAUCAAGAAAGAAUAAAUCUGUCAAGGAAAAACAGAUUUCUAGUAUGAAAUCAACAAUUGUCAGCUAUGAACAUUAUCCAAAGAAUCUUUCUCCGGAAGAAAAGUAUGCAAAGGAUUCUGUUUUACGAACUCAAUUAGGCAAUGAUUUUGUCAAGAUACCAUCGUUUGCGAAGCUUCAUGAUGAAGGGUUUGAGAUUAAUAAAAAUAAUAAUUUGAAUUCUAACAUCAAAGAUAAAGUCCUGUCAUAUCUAAAUGGCAAUCGGUUUGACACGGAAAUAAUCCCAUUGGAGUUAGUGCGACUAACAGAAUAUGGGUUGAUUGAAAAUGUGGAUUAUAGGCCAAACUUACUGUGCUAUUCAAAGUUUAGCCUCACCAAGCUGCCACUAAGUCAGAGAGAUGAAAUUGAGUUGAAUAAAUUUGCCUCGGAUAGAUAUGCAAUUUUGGACUAUAAGUUUCCAAAAUAUCAAUAUCCGCCACCAAACCCAUAA